CAGCCGCGGCUAACGAAAGGUUCUCACAUUAGGGUAUCCAUCAACUUCCUCAAUGAAGCUGUAUAUCUGCCUUCUCGGAUGCUUGGCUAUUGGACAACUGAAUGAGGGUGUAGUCCUGAGAGGUCUAAAAUACCCAUCGAACCAACUAUACGGUCCCGUGUCUUCCAAUAACGAUUGCCCAAUGGUGAACAGCAUCAAGCAGUACCCCGCUAAAUAUUACAAGGAUCCCCACUACACUGUAUGCAUGCCGAUUACCCCUGAUUGGAAUGGCUGUCCCCCUACUCAUGCUAAAGCCAGUGCCGUGCAUGACGGAAACAUACCAGUGUGUCUCAUCCCGUGUGAAACGGAUACCGACUGCCAGCAAGAAGCUACUUGUUUCAGUACCGGUACGCACAAACUGUGUGUGUUUCACUCUCUCCAGUAGAGACAUGCUUCUCAUACCAUAUUGAAAUGAUCACAAUAAUUUUCCCAUCAUCGACUUAAUUUUCCGUGAUCUAGCAGCGACUAUGCGAUUUUCCAUGAGCACUAGAGGAUUUGAUCCUGAGAAUACCAUCCUUUCCCCGCUCAUGCUGACGGAGCAUCUCGUGGCUGCGAAUUUUCGUCUGCGAACAUUCGAGUAUUUCGCUGUCUUCAUCAGUACCUGGUAUCUCA